CCUUUUCCCUUUUGUUUUGUCUGGUGCACCUGCCCUUGGGAGAAUUCCCAGGUUCAGGGUGGGCCACCUACUUAGUCAGUCCUCUCCCACUACAUCCUCACAGACCCCUACAGAGGUUUGCCUUAGAGUCUACUGUGUAAUUCUCAGGUUGAAAAUGAGGACUAGCCACCACAGUGCUAAGGAGUGCCUACCAUCUGCGCCCUGCAGACAGUGCUUGCUGACACCACCAUGCCAAGCUGGAUCCCCCUCCCUGCGCUCUGCUGCUUCCUUCUCCCAUGGGCAGUCACCGUCUUUCAUAAAGCCUUGGGGAACCCGGCCCCCCAUCCGGGUCCCCACUACCUCCUGCCCCCCAUCCACGAGGUCAUUCACUCUCGUCGUGGGGCCACGGCCACACUGCCCUGCGUCCUGGGCACCUCGCCUCCCAGCUACAAGGUACGCUGGAGCAAAGUGGAGCCGGGGGAGCUCCGGGAAACGCUGAUCCUCAUCACCAACGGACUACACGCCAAGGGCUACGGGCCCCUGGGAGGACGCGCCAGCUUGCGGAGGGGGCAUCGGCUGGACGCCUCCCUGAUCAUCAAGAACGUAGGCUUGGAGGAUGAGGGACGGUACCGCUGCGAGCUCAUCAACGGCAUUGAGGACGAGAGCGUGGCACUGAGCCUGCGCCUAGAGGGUGUGGUGUUUCCGUAUCAACCCAGCCGGGGCCGCUACCAGUUUAAUUACUUCGAGGCGAAACGGGCGUGUGAUGAGCAGGACGGACGCCUGGCCACUUUCGGGCAGCUGUACCAGGCGUGGACCGAGGGGUUGGACUGGUGCAACGCUGGCUGGUUGCUCGAGGGCUCGGUGCGCUACCCUGUGCUCAACGCGCGCGCCCCGUGCGGCGGCCAAGGACGGCCAGGCAUCCGUAGCUACGGACCCCGCGACCGCAGCCGCGAUCGCUACGACGCCUUCUGCUUCACCUCGGCCCUGGCAGGCCAGGUGUUCUUCGUGCCCGGGCGGCUGACGCUGUCUGAAGCCCACGCGGCUUGCCGGCGGCGGGGAGCUGUAGUAGCCAAGGUCGGGCACCUCUACGCCGCCUGGAAGUUCUCCGGGCUGGAUCAGUGCGAUGGAGGCUGGCUGGCGGACGGCAGCGUUCGCUUCCCCAUCACCACGCCGCGGCCGCGCUGCGGGGGUCUCCCUGACCCCGGGGUGCGCAGCUUCGGCUUCCCCCGACCCCAACAGGCGGCCUAUGGGACCUACUGCUACGCUGAGAAGUAGGAGCGCACUGCCCUGCCACGCGCGACAGAGUGGCGGGUCCCCUCUGGACAGAUGAGGA